AUGUCUGACAUUGUCGUUCCCGGUUUCAAGGCUUCCGAGCUCAUUGCUGAAUUGAACAAGGCUUUCGAAGGUUUCUCUGAUGAGGAGCGCGCCAAGCUUAUCAAGCAGGUCAACGGUGUCUUCCAAUUCGUCAUCAAGAACAAGGAGGGCAAGUCUGAGACCUUCACUGUUGAUGUCAAGAAGGAGGGUAAAGUUGUCCGUGGUAAGGGUGCCACCAAGGCUGACGCCAUCCUCUCUAUUGGUGAUGAUGACUUUGUCGCUUUGGCCCAAGGCAAGCUCAACGGUCAAAAGGCUUACAUGAGCGGCAAGCUCAAGAUCAAGGGCCAAAUCAUGCUGGCCAUGAAGCUCGACAAUGUCUUCAAGAGCGUCAACCCCACUGCCAAGCUCUAA